UUUUGCUGAUGUUUGUGGGCAGGUCUACAAAUCAGACAAAAAAAGUAUAAAUAGAAUGUGCGGUUUCCCCUUAACGAGCAGUCACCGAAGCGGUUCAAGACGGUAUUUGAAAAACAUUUGAAAGUCUGUUUUGGUUACAGAGUAGUCAAGUAAGCCAUGGCACGUACUAAGCAGACCGCCCGUAAAUCCACUGGCGGAAAAGCGCCCAGGAAACAGCUGGCCACCAAGGCUGCAAGGAAAAGCGCACCAUCUACUGGCGGUGUGAAGAAGCCUCACAGAUACAGGCCGGGUACAGUGGCUCUGAGAGAAAUCCGUAGGUACCAGAAAUCCACUGAGCUGCUGAUCAGGAAGCUGCCCUUCCAGCGUCUGGUCCGUGAAAUUGCCCAGGACUUCAAGACUGACCUCCGCUUCCAGAGUGCAGCCAUUGGCGCUCUGCAGGAAGCCAGUGAAGCAUACCUUGUUGGCCUGUUUGAGGACACCAACCUGUGUGCCAUCCAUGCCAAAAGGGUCACCAUCAUGCCCAAAGACAUUCAGCUGGCCAGGCGAAUCCGAGGCGAGCGUGCAUAAUAUGAACACUUUUUGAACUCUCUCUUUGGAGGGUGACUUGGUGGGCGGGCAUGGUUGGGGCUGUGUUUUCUCUGAACUAUGAAUUAGUAUGUACUAGUUUCAAUUAAUUUUUUAAUGUCUCAUUGGUAGGAUAAAGGCUUGUGAUUUAUAGUACAGAAGUAGCAAGUGUCUUGCCAAACAUUCCUAACCUCUCAGGUUUUGAAAGUGUAUUUUAGAAAUGGUUGAUACCUUCAGGUCAUCUUGUAAUGUGCAUGAGUCAUGUGGAGUAGAACUGUUUUUAAAUCUCAUUUUGGCCAUUUAUUGUAAAUAAACUUUCCACUACCUCA